UAAAAAUCGGUAGGCUUGUUCCUCAUUUCACCAUAGAUGUGUUUGAGGGACUUUAAGCUAACCUUGCAUGAAUGAUGAUUAUAUGCUUUGUUUGACAAUGACAUUAAAUGAAUCAAGAAAAUGCAAUAUUACUUUUUUACAAAUUUAUUCAACAUUUAUUUAUAUUUAUUUUUAUAUGUAUGGCAACCAUACUUGUUAGAAAAUCAAAAUCAAAAGCGGGAGAUGAAUUUACGGAAUCAGCAAAUGAAGAAAAUAAUCUUUUAGCAGAACAUAAGUUGACUGUUCUUAAAUCACAUGGUUAUACAUUAGGAAAAACAAUUGGUUCUGGAUCAUAUGCCACGGUUAAGGUUGCACAAUCAAAAAGACAUGCUUCCUUAGUUGCUGUUAAAAUAAUUUAUAAAUUUCAAGCUCCUGGAGAUUAUUUAAAAAAAUUUUUGCCACGUGAAAUUGAAGUUGUGCAAGGCCUAAAACAUUUAAAUUUAAUUCGAUUCCUACAAGCCAUUGAAACUACUCACCGGGUAUAUAUUAUCAUGGAAUAUGCACAAAAUGGAACUUUGCUUGACGUUAUAAGACGUGAUAAACAGAUUGACGAAACUCGAAGUCGACAAUGGUUUAAAGAAUUAGUGGAAGCAGUUUAUUAUUGCCACAAUCGUGGAGUAGUUCACAGAAUAUUUUGUAGAGACAUCAAAUGCGAAAACCUUUUAAUGAACCAGAACUAUGUCAUCAAAUUAUCAGAUUUUGGAUUUGCGCGAAGUCAAAUGAAGCCUAAAAACGGAGUACCUUUGUUAAGUGAAACAUUUUGUGGAAGUUAUGCUUAUGCUUCACCAGAAAUUCUUAAAGGAAUCCCUUAUCAACCUCAACUAUCAGAUGUGUGGUCAAUGGGAGUAGUUCUUUUUGCCAUGGUAUUUGGUCAAUUACCGUUCGAUGAUACAAAUUAUAGUCAACUUCUAAAGCAGGUGCAGAAAAAAGUGAUUUUUCCUAAAGAAUCUACAGUUACAGAAUCUUGUCGCCUAUUAAUUUCACGCUUAUUAGUUGCGCAACGUAUUCGUUUGAAUGUUGAGGACAUACGUUAUGAUACAUGGUUAACACUACAAUAAAUGUACAGAAAAACAAAAUUAUGGUUAGAAUAAAAUAAUAUACAACAUA